UUUUGAGUGAACACCGUGUAAUGUACGCCAUUAAGUUUUGAAUCCUUUGGCGGUCGACGAUUUCUUUGUUGUUUGAUUAACAAACAGAAAAUUACAUCAAAGGUUUUAAUUUAAUUUGUUACUUUAGCAAUUAUAGAAAUGUUUGUUUUAAUGAUACGAUAAUCGGAACUCGCUAAUAGACCAAAGAACCACAGCAAUGGAAGGUUCGGUGUCCACGCAUCGCCACCAAGCGACUCCGUUCCACGAAUAUUUGUUGCAAGGAAGCGUCGUCGACAGUUCUUGCGAAGUUCUUCUCAACCGACUUCGGGGCCUUUGCGAUAAUGCUGAGAACAACUACGAGACAUUCCAUGAUCAUGAACUUGUGUUCGCUAUAAGAGGAACCAGCAACCAGAAUAGCCAGGCAGUUUUCUACAGAGUACGUCAUAGUCUGACGUCUGCAAAUGCACCAUGGCAUUUACGCUACAUUGGCCAGGCUGAAGUCGGGGACAAAACCCGUCACACACUGGUGAGGACCUAUGUUGAUGUCGGGACCUCGGAUAAUGUUGUCGCUUUCCUUAACGAAAUGGGUUUCAGGUUGGAUUAUGAAUAUGUCAUAAAAGGAUAUUUCUUCCACAAAGGAAGAAUGAAAGUCACUGUUUCCAAAAUUUUCAGAAUGCUGCAACCAAACAAUGUGGAAAGUAUUGAACCUCUUUCACUCUCCUACCUUGUGGAAUUAUCAGUUGUGGCUCCAGCUGGACAGGAAUUACUCCAAGACGAUAUGAAGAAUUUUGCUGAACAACUUAAACCAUUAGUCCAAUUAGAGAAAAUUGAUCACCGACGAAUAACCAUGAUGUGAACUGGAUGCAGUAAUUAGCAGAGUGAUUACCAAAAUCUUUUUACCAGUUUCACUUAUGUUGACGAUAACAACUGGAUUACAAUGACAAUUGCCAGACGCUUCCAUAACUUCAUAUUCCUGACUAAGUGUUUCUUAAUGAAUCCUUUGGUAUUUUAUCAGAAUUUGUUUCUUUUUAAUCAAAAUUCAACCCCAAACUAUGAAACUGAAAAAGGCAUUACAAUUAACACCUAUUUCAUCUGAAUUAUUAAAAAGAAAUGUUAAUUAAUCAAAGAAAAGCAUAUCAAACUCUGAUUUUUACCUUUACGGUUAUUCUCUUCUGAUAACACCUUAAUGAGGGGCAGGUAUAUCUUCCACCUGAUCAAUAUACGAAACCUGUUAUAGCUCCGUGAGCUCACUCUACUCAGAAAAUAAAAGUACAAAAAAAUUCUUGUCUCUAA